CACCGCCAGUGUCGCUAGAGUCGCGGCGAAAUUAAUGUCAGACGAGCCAACAACAACAAAGCGAUCGGACGUAAUCGGAAUAAUUUUUUUUGUUUUUUUUUGUUUUCGUCGAUUUUCUCCAGUCUCGUCGAUCGUUAUGUGAACAUUAGAAUAAGUCAUCGGCAAACCGACUAUAGUUUGUGUAACAAUAUCAUCCUCGACACAUAAGCAACGAGCUGCGCGCGCUCCCGCCCCCCAGGCACAUCCGACGCGUCCGUCGAUAACCAAAUUUGGGAGCUGUAAACCGUCCGGGAAGUCGUUCGCAAAAUGUCGAAUGUCGCCAGUACGUUCAAACACGAUUAUAUAGGCGGUGGAAAGUACCGUGUCGUCCGGAGGCUCGGCAGCGGGUCUUUCGGCGAGAUAUUUCUCGGGCUCAACGUUAUCAACGGCGAGGAGGUGGCAAUAAAAUUUGAAAGUGCAAAAGCUCGCCAUCCUCAGCUACAGUACGAAAGCAGACUUUAUAAAGUAUUACAAGGAGGAGUUGGAAUACCACAUAUGAGAUGGUUCGGAUUAGAGAGGAACUACAACAUCUUAGUGAUGGACUUACUGGGUCCAUCAUUGGAAGACCUAUUCAAUUUUUGUUCACGGCGGUUUACACUUAAAACAGUGCUUAUGCUUGCCGAUCAAAUGAUCAGCCGUAUUGAGUAUGUACACUGUAAAAGUUUUAUUCAUCGUGAUAUUAAACCGGACAACUUUCUUAUGGGAAUUGGACGUCAUUGCAAUAAAUUGUUUCUUAUUGAUUUUGGAUUGGCUAAAAAAUAUAGAGAUAUGCGUACAAGAACGCAUAUUUCGUACCGUGAGGAUAAAAAUCUUACAGGAACAGCCCGUUAUGCCUCUAUCAAUGCUCAUUUAGGAAUUGAACAGAGCCGUCGGGAUGAUAUUGAAUCCUUGGGAUAUGUACUUAUGUAUUUUAAUAAAGGAUGUUUGCCAUGGCAAGGAUUAAAGGCAGCAACAAAAAGGCAGAAAUAUGAAAAAAUUAGUGAGAAAAAAAUGUCAACACCUGUCGAAUUCCUAUGCAAGGGACUGCCAGCAGAAUUUGCCAUGUUCCUAAACUACAGCAGAGGUUUAAGAUUUGAAGAAUCACCAGACUAUAUGUACUUGAGACAAUUAUUCCGCAUUCUAUUUAGAACGUUAAAUCACCAAUAUGAUUACAUCUUUGAUUGGACCAUGUUGAAACAAAAGGAGUACAAUAAUGAUGGACAAAGUGCUGCUGUACCACAAGGCGGCUCACCUGUGUCCGGCGCGGCUGCAGCUGGUGGACCACAACCAUUUCCCCCCCAGACGUCAGCUACCCUAGCUACUGCGAACCAGGCGAGCAAGAACUGAGCCUUCAUGUACUUUAAUUUUAGCUUUGAAUUUAUAUAUUGAUAUAAAUAUUUUGCAAUUCAGCAACUAAUUAAAGCAAUGUCAACUCUGAAA